GCCCUCCCCCGAGGUUUCGCUCCCACGCUUCACGCGCGCGGAACGGGGAACACACUCGCUGCAGCCCCGCCUGGGCCACGGCACCCUCGAGCGUCAGCCCCGCGCCCCACCCGGGAGCAGCGAGCCACCGGCGCGCUCCCCAGGAGCCCCUGCGGGCGCCGGCCCUGGUCCAGCGCCUCCCUCUCUCAGCAUGGACGAGGAGAGCCUGGAGUCGGCCUUGCAGACCUACCGUGCGCAGCUGCAGCAAGUGGAGCUGGCCUUGGGCGCCGGCCUGGAUUCGUCUGAGCAGGCUGACCUGCGCCAGCUGCAGGGGGACCUGAAGGAGCUCAUCGAGCUCACCGAGGCCAGCCUGGUGUCUGUCAGGAAGAGCAGGUUGUUGGCCGCGCUGGACGAAGAGCGCCCGGGCCGCCAGGAAGAUGCUGAGUACCAGGCUUUCCGGGAGGCCAUCACUGAGGCGGUGGAGGCACCAGCAGCGGCCCGUGGGUCUGGAUCAGAGACCGUUCCUAAAGCAGAGGCGGGGCCAGAAUCUGCGGCAGGUGGGCAGGAGGAGGAAGAGGGAGAGGACGAGGAAGAGCUGAGUGGGACAAAGGUGAGCGCGCCCUACUACAGCUCCUGGGGCACUCUGGAGUAUCACAACGCCAUGGUGGUGGGAACGGAAGAGGCGGAGGAUGGCUCGGCGGGUGUCCGUGUGCUUUACCUGUACCCCACUCACAAGUCUCUGAAGCCGUGCCCGUUCUUCCUGGAGGGAAAGUGCCGCUUUAAGGAGAACUGCAGGUUCUCCCAUGGGCAGGUGGUCUCUCUGGAUGAGCUGCGCCCCUUCCAGGACCCAGACCUGAGCUCCCUGCAGGCUGGCUCUUCGUGUCUGGCCAAGCACCAGGAUGGCCUCUGGCACGCAGCACGCAUCACCGAUGUGGACAACGGCUACUACACAGUCAAGUUUGACUCGCUGCUGCUGAGGGAGGCCGUGGUGGAGGGGGACGGCAUCCUGCCCCCACUGCGCACAGAGGCCACAGAGUCCGACUCAGACAGCGACGGUACGGGUGACUCCAGCUAUGCCAGAGUGGUGGGGUCGGACGCUGUGGACUCUGCACAGUCUUCUGCCUUCUGUCCGUCUCUUGCAGUGGUGGGGUCGGACGCCGUGGACUCUGCACAGUCCUCUGCCCUCUGUCCGUCUCUUGUAGUGGUGGGGUCGGAUGCUGUGGACUCUGGGACCUGCAGCUCUGCCUUUGCUGGCUGGGAGGUGCACACACGAGGUAUAGGCUCCAGACUCCUCACCAAGAUGGGCUAUGAGUUUGGCAAGGGUUUGGGCCGACACGCGGAAGGCCGGGUGGAGCCCAUCCAUGCUGUGGUGUUGCCUCGAGGGAAGUCGCUGGACCAGUGUGUGGAGACCCUGCAGAAGCAGACCAGGGUUGGCAAGGCUGGCACCAACAAGCCCCCCAGGUGCCGGGGAAGAGGGGCCAGGCCUGGGGGCCGCCCAGCCCCUCGGAAUGUGUUUGACUUCCUCAAUGAAAAGCUGCAAGGCCAGGCUCCUGGGGCCCUAGAGGCCGGGGCGGCCCCAGCGGGGAGGAGGAGCAAGGACAUGUACCGUGCCAGCAAGAGUGCCAAGCGGGCCCUGAGCCUGCGGCUCUUCCAGACCGAGGAGAAGAUCGAGCGAACCCAGCGGGACAUCAGGAGCAUCCAGGAGGCUCUCGCCCGCAACGCUGGCCGGCAUAGUGUGGCGUCAGCCCAGCUGCAGGAGAAGCUGGCAGGAGCCCAGCGCCAGCUGGGGCAGCUCCGGGCUCAGGAAGCUGGCCUGCAGCAGGAGCAGAGGAAGGCAGACACCCACAAGAAGAUGACUGAGUUCUAGAGACCCCACAAGCACUAUGGACGAAGCGUGGGACCCCAGCACGGGCUGCCCUCAGGAAGACCAGUGUUGCCCGGGGAGGGGCCGGCCUGCUGGCCUGGGGCGUGCGGACACUGCUGAGUGGAGACAGAGCUGUGGGGUCCCAUCUGGACACUUACUUGCCCACCUGCCAGUGUCUUGGGCAUUUCCUUGGCAAGGACAUUAAAGUGAUUUCAUCACAGUGUCA